AACAUGUCGGAACAUUGGAUUCACACAUGGACUGCGAUGCCUAUACUUGUAGAGCCAGAGCCAGACAAGCUGCCAUCGAAAAAUUUCAUCCGAGACUCAUUCGUGUUCGCGAACACCACCCUCCGCCAAACAAUCAAAAUGACCCUCGGCACAGAGAAAUAUUUUCGCUUGCGUUUCUCAAAUGCCUUUGGCACUGAAAAUCUUAAAAUUGAUCAUGCAACGGUUGCUCUCUCAAAAAACCAAGCGUGCGGUGUCCCUAAUGUUGAGCCGCAUACAAUGAGAACAGUAACCUUCGAUGGUUCUGGCACGACCACUAUCGUUGGGGGCGCACUAGCUGUUUCCGAUCCCAUCGAUUUCGAUGGUCCACUGCCAGCAAAUAUUAUCUUGAGUAUCAGUCUUUUCUUCAAAGAAGGGCAAGAUGUGAGGACUGGGAUCACUUCGCAUCCUGGGAGUCGGACGACUUCUUUCUGUGUUCUGGGUGAUUUCUCCCUAGAGCCAGAAUGGACAGAGCCCUCCCUUGAAGAAAUUGAACACUGGUAUUACAUCUCUGGCGUUGAGAUUCAAAGUUCCUCCGAGACCGGAACAAUCGCGAUUAUAGGCGAUAGUAUUACUGAUGGUCGUGAGAGUACAGCAAACCAGAAUGAUCGCUGGCCCGAUCGUCUAUUUUCUCGCCUGCAGUCCAAUCCUGCCACAGCCUCCUUGUCGAUCAUUAGCCAAGCAGCGGGAGGAAAUCGCGUGCUAACAGAUGGAAUCGGACCAAAUCUCCUAAGUCGCUUAGAUCGGGAUAUUCUGUCGCUAUCCAGAGUGCAAUAUGUAGUCCUAUUCGAAGGUGUGAAUGAUAUAGGCGCCGCGGAGGCCGACGAAGAGACCCAGGCUAAUAUCGGUGAUCGUUUAAUCGCGGCUUAUAAACAAAUCGCAACGCGUGUCCAUGCCAACGGUAUCAAGAUUUUUGCAGCCACGAUCACCCCGUUUGGACGGAGAAUAGGCGAGGUUGUGAGUGAUCCUGAGGCGCAGGGUGUUACCUGGUACUCUCAUCCGCGUCGAGAGUGUACGAGACUCAGGGUCAAUGACUGGAUACGAGAGAGCAGUAGUUUCGAUGCUAUAGUUGACUUCGAUAGUGUCUUGAGGGACCCCAAUCAUGCUUCGUCGCUGGCAAGUCGAUUUGACGGAGGUGACAGGUUGCAUCCCAACGCGGUAGCGUUCCAAGCCUUGGCUGAUUCAUUUGGCCUAGAAAUAUUUACUCAUUAG